GCAAUUGUGUCAAAACCACUUUAUAAAACUACUUUCUCGCUACUUCAUCAUGAACACAAGGCGCCGCCGCUCUCGCCUCAACAAAAACCCGGCCAGAGGCAUGAAAAAUAGGCAAAUCGGCCUGGGCAAAAAGGCGCACGAAUAUAGCGUAGCUUAUGGCUCAGAUGUGAUCAUUAUUAUUCGAGGGCCAGAUGGCCAUUACAACGGCUAUCAGUCUCAACCUGGUCUUCUACGAAGAUUGCGAUCUGUCUCAGUUCCAGAUGAUCAGCUUCUCGGGCCAGAUUACUUCAGCAGUGAACUGCAGCGGAAAACAUCCUGGUCAGAAGGCUCUACGACAGAUUCAACCUUACCACGACCCGAUUCAACUUCAAGCACAAAACCGAGCCUAGUUCCCGAGGCAAUGGACGUUGUUAGUGAUUGGGGAGAAUUCCCGUUAGAUGACAUGCAGUCCAUAUGUUCUUUGGACGAUUCACUAUUUCACGACAUCAACUUCACAUUAAACAAAGAAGAUUUUGAUAAUAAUACAGGCUCUCCGAAACAUAACACGAUGUCUACACCUACCUCUCCUAAGAAGGGAGAAUUAACACAGAAAAACUACUCCCAUCUUGCACAACCCAAACCAAUCUCAUUAAGCACAAGAAAUACCAUUUUAUCUCUACUGGAUAGCUUUUUCGAAUAAUUUUUGUUUGCUAAAAGGGAAAUUAUUACUGUUUAAUUCAAGAGAAUCCUUUCUGUCGCGUGGCUCAAGACACAUAUAUUUGGAAACUCGGGCAGUUCUUCAAAUCCCCCAUUCUUGAUCAAACUGCAACAUCAAUCAAUCAGGCUGGCCUCAUGUUUCCUUUGAAUAUAUAUUUCCUCAACACUACUCU